AUGGCGUCUGGUCAUGGAGGGGCCGUUAUGAGAAAUCUCUGUUAUAAAGCGCCAAGACAUCCCAGAACAGAGCUACCUGCCACGACGAAUGAAAGAACAAGAACUAGUUUAGAAGCUGAACAACCAGCAAACUAUGGUUUGGAAGUAAAUGGUGCUAACAGGCCUCCAUCUUCGCGUAGUCACAAAAGACACCACAAAGGUCAUAAGCCCAAACUGUCAGUUAGGGAGUCGUUGUCGGAGUCUCUGCGGGAGUUAGACGAUGUUGACGAAGAACACUUUUACCAGCAUUUGUUGGCUUUGAAAAAUGAACACAAGAAAACUCUAAAAGCGGUUGAAAAACUUUAUUAUACCGAAAAAGACAGACACCUUGCUGGAUUUGAAUUGGAUUCAAGGACUAAAAUAGGUCUCGGCGACUUUGACGAAAGAAGAAUCCCACAGCAUUUUCCUCUACAUGAUUAUAAUCCCUUUGAAGAGAGGGAUAAAGAUAAGAGAGAAGAAAACAUCGAAAUCCCAGUCAUGCCAAAAGAUCUAGUCAAGGACAUGUCAGUAAAAGAUCAAAGAAAAAUAGAGGACAAGGAAAACGAAGGUAAAAAUUAUUAUUAUUAUGGCCAUUUAUACAACAAAAAAUAAGGCAUGUCUUACAUCAUGAUCAGUGGACAUGAGGAGUUUGCAUCUUAUCUUAUGUAGGGUGCAUCUCAUUUUUCCUUUUAUAAAUUGCCCCAGUAUUGAUUCUAUGCACUCUAUCUAAACCUUACAAGACCUUGCAACUUGCUUAUAUCUGAAGAUGUUCAAAAGUUCAUAAAAGGGUGUCCACCAUCAAAAUUGGAAAAAGAAAGAAACAGUCAACCAUCAAAGCUGCCACCCCACUGAUACUCUCAGAAACGAAAUUGAAAUUGUUGCAUCACUCAUCUUGCUUGUCUUUGCCUUUUUCACCUGUUAUGGGCUUAGCUUCAUAAUGACUCUUAUGCUGAUUUGCUUGUUGGGUGGAAGACUAGCCUGUACACUGGUGUUAUUGGGGAUCUGAGGUGGGGCUUGGGAGUCAAGCCCCACGCUCAUGCCUUAAAAACUGCUUGAGCAACUCUAAUAAUGAUUGUAGGGGCUUUAUUCUACAAUAAAAUUGUUGAGACAUUGUCCUCACAUGGGGUAACUUUGGAGAACAAAACAAUACACACCCUUCCCUUCUCCCCUCCAGUUAAAGUUGUGGUGUUUGUCAUUUUCUUUGGGUAGCUUGAACAGCAGCACAAUAUUGCACUGAGGGGUCGGGGUGGGAAAGCCUCAUAUUCUGUUUUUUAAAUUGGCAAAAUUUUAAAGUGGCCCUUUAGGGCAAAGUGUCUAGACUAAUUAAAUUGUUGCAGAUUGCAGGAAAAACAACAAAUUUGGUCAGUAAAUUCAAUAAACCAUCGCCGCAAGUAUCGCAAAAGUAGAUGAGCUCGUUGCCAAAAUUAAUCAGGCCCAUAGAAUACUGGACAGACCCACACUGGAUGCAGAUUUUUCCAUAGAGUUUCAAUUCCCCUCUCAUAAUUAUGAUCUCUUUGCUCUUUUCUCCUCAUGUCUUAACAUAUCUCAUGCAGUUUUCACUGUGGCUUCACAGGGUAAUGCGAUCAGGAAAUUUUGUUUUCCUCCUUCCCGAGAAAGACAGCAAUAUAGGGAAGGGGUGGUAAUAGGUGCGAAUACUAACUUUUUACUUCAUGUACCCCUCUGCAGGUGACUCUUCUCUAGAGGAGCUGUCAACUCCGCGGAGAAGAUCCUACAGUGAUCCUGAAGCCUGGGACGAUGAAACGAUAAAUUCAACGAGUAAACAAUCAGAAGAUGGGACAGGUUUAUACCAGGAAAUGUAUCCGCGGAGGUCGUCCGCAUUGGAUGUUGUUGAAGACAUGUGGGAAGGAUUCUCCGUUUAUGAUUAUCCGCCAGAAUCGAGCCCUCCGCGCGAAAGAAUGCAAAAGAAAAAAGAAUGGACUCCGCAGAUAACAAUUCCUAAACCAUUUGGUAUGACGGUGAGAGAAGCUAAGAAGAAAGCAAAAAUCACAAGAUCGCAGGCGAUUCUUCAGGAGGAUUUGAAAAAGAAACAAGAAAAAGAGGAAGCAGAGCUGCAUAAAAAAUUCCGCGCUCAGCCUGUUCCUGCUACGACUUUUUUGCCUCUUUACGAUGAAAUAACUCGUCAAAAUGAAUUGAGGAGAUACCAAGUUAGGGAGCUCAGCAAAGCGAUUCUAAAAUCUACUGAAAAACCGUUUAAGUUCGUGAAACGCGAAGAAGAAAAGAAACAGCUGCGGCGAACAAAAUCCCUUAGUAAUAUAGCUGAUCUAGAGAACAAAAUGGACGAAAAGAAGAAAUUUAAAGCGAAUCCUUUUCCUGAUCACUUGUUCGAUUUGACUUUGGCUGACAAGGUGGCUGAGAAGGAAGAAUACAGAACGAUUAAAAUGCGAAUGCGCGCGCAAGAAAUGCUUGCCGUGUCCCGCUUGCCUCCUAAUAUGGAAGCGCGGGGUGAAGAAUACACUCUGGGUCAUUUUCGCAGCAAAUUGAAUAAAGAAGGCAACAAGAACGCCUUCAUGACAAAAGAACAUAAGUUUAGACCCCAGAUAAAUCCUGAUAUACCGGAUUUUGACGAUCUGCACAGACAGUUUGAAAAGGAGAUGAGGGACAAGAAAAGAGAACGGGAACCUACUGUGUCCGAACCAUUCAACCUAAGAACGGCGCAUGUGUCCACUGCUCGGAAAUCCAGGUGCUCGCGGUCUCAGGAGAUACCCAGCAGUGGUCGAUCGUCCAGGGAUCGAUCGGUCAGCCGGGAACGACCUUCGAGUGCCAGGCCUCAUACUCCGCACGAUACGCUUCCAUUUGGGUAGGUAUAUGGGCGAGUCUUUGCUGACAUUAGAGCGGUUUUCAUUUGAGUGUCGAAAAGUAAUUGGUUUUGCACUUUCUACACGAUGCGAUUGGCUUAAAAGAUUCGCGCCACCUUUUCAUCCAAUCAGAAGUAAAACCAAAGCCAAUUGUGACGNUCUGGGUCAUUUUCGCAGCAAAUUGAAUAAAGAAGGCAACAAGAACGCCUUCAUGACAAAAGAACAUAAGUUUAGACCCCAGAUAAAUCCUGAUAUACCGGAUUUUGACGAUCUGCACAGACAGUUUGAAAAGGAGAUGAGGGACAAGAAAAGAGAACGGGAACCUACUGUGUCCGAACCAUUCAACCUAAGAACGGCGCAUGUGUCCACUGCUCGGAAAUCCAGGUGCUCGCGGUCUCAGGAGAUACCCAGCAGUGGUCGAUCGUCCAGGGAUCGAUCGGUCAGCCGGGAACGACCUUCGAGUGCCAGGCCUCAUACUCCGCACGAUACGCUUCCAUUUGGGUAGGUAUAUGGGCGAGUCUUUGCUGACAUUAGAGCGGUUUUCAUUUGAGUGUCGAAAAGUAAUUGGUUUUGCACUUUCUACACGAUGCGAUUGGCUUAAAAGAUUCGCGCCACCUUUUCAUCCAAUCAGAAGUAAAACCAAAUCCAAUUGUGACGCGCACGCAUGCAUUUUCCCGCGCUUUGCGUCAGCCACAUGUUAUUACUUCGAGUUUUGAUUGGUUCAAUGUAUUGUCUGUGUCCUAUGUGAUUGGCCAGAGUAAUUACUUUGGUUUUGGUUUUACGACACUCAAACGAAAACCACUCUAUUGUUUAACCUGGAGCCCAUUACCCAGAGAGAGUAACUUCCAUGUACUCGUGUCACGACGCUUUUAUCGACCCGGUUAUUUUUAGAACGAUUUGACGCGAAUUUAAAAUAUCUUCUUACAGUCAAACCUCCACUAACGACCACCUUUCCACAACUGCUGCUUUUUUGGUGGACAGUCCAUACAGUGACUCUUGUUUAAACCUCUCUACAACGGUCAGCUCUCCACAACGGCCACUUUCUUCCCGGCGUGCCCAAUCGAUGAAAUUCGAAACUAGAUAAAAUCGAUUGUAAUCGAUCUUGAUCGAUAGUAAUUAAUCGAUUAAUAUCGGAAAUCGAUGAAAACUGAAGAUCGAAAGAGUUGUGAGUAUCGAUUUGGCGAAACUAAUGAGAGGUCGAUUUGGAGCAAGUCUGGCUAAAUUGAGUUGAAGCAGAUGCUUCUUAGUUUGGCCUCGCGAGAAAUCAGAGACCUUUAGAUUCUACGACAAGGACGACUGUGAGGACGAGAUUUUCUCAAUACUGAGCAUUGCGCGCGCGUGAAUCAGCGUCAUUUUGGAGGGAAAGCGUGAAAGCCGGCGUCAUUCUACUACGAGUUUUAGCGAGAAUGUCGUAAUGGCAAAAACGAGUUAUCAAACGUUAGAAGUUUUAUAAUUAUGCGAUUGGGAAAGGGUGUUAAGUAAAGGAAGGGGGAAAAAAGGACAAUGAAGCCUUUCGGGAAGUCUAUUUUUUGAGAAUACGCAAAAAACUUUCAAUCAAAUCUCGUAGUCGUGGUCGUUCUUGUCCUCAAACCUAAAGGUCUCUACUGUGUUCAAAGCGCAAACUUUGAGUUAGAAACAUUUAUUUCUUGUUUCUCAUCGCCUCUAACCAGAGAAGCACUCGCAUCAGCUGCAGCGGUGCCACGUGCGUGCUUCUAUGGGUGAAAGGGGUGUGAGCCGUGUCUUUAAUCCCGAUUGAAGUCUUCAUUUUUUCCCUAAUAUCUCCUCCCAUUUAUGGCGAGCGGAGCGUGCUGCGAGAGAACGCGUGCAGCUCUCGCGUGACUUCUCGCGACUCCCUCCGCUCCCGGGCUGUGUAAAAGUAACAGUUACUAUUGUUCUCUUUCAGCACCACGGAGUCUACGCGUCUGCGCGAGAACACGGUUCGUAAGAGCCUUGAACAGCGGAGAGCCAGUGAACAGGAUGAGAUUAAACAAGAACAACGUAGGAGACGGAGACAGAAGAUGUUAAAACCAGAAGUGACGAGAAAAGUUUUGGCGAAUGAUAAUAGCGGGCAGCUGAAAAAAGCCGCAAAGGAAAAAGUUCAAAGUUUCAGGUCAGAACCAUGGUCAUGUUGAACUUUUCCUGGGACGAUGUUUCUGGUGUCAUGCUCUGAUUGUCUUAAUGUUGACAGAUUCGAAGCAUUGAGAGAUAGGAUUCUUAUCGCUGUGUUAUUAUGCAGUCAAAGCUCUCCCUAAGUACAAUCACAUAAGCAGACAGUUCUACUUAGGGCCGCCUUGGCAAAUCCCCCUUUUAGCUUUCCGCUACCAAAUCGUUUCCGUAAGCGGCCGACUCCAAUCUUUCAUAUCUUUUGACUCUUUUAAGUCUUAAAGCCCAGUUCUUUCUAGCCUGCGAGUAAGCUCUGCUGUUCUGUCGAGAACAAAUCACACAAUCCGUCUUUCUGGGGUAAGGUCUUUUAACUUGUAACGUACUAAAAAGAUGCCCUUUUAUAAAGCCUUGCAGCUAGUCUAGUUUGUUUGCUUUUUUAUCUCAAGUAAUGAAAAGCGGGAAGUACAUUCGAGCACUUGGUCGUUGAAGUAUUUGCCGGCAAACUGCAAAUAUGGCUUUAUGAUAGAAAAUGUAUCGGAGAACGAUGAAACAGUAACGUGCUUUUUUUCUGAACAUUCACACAAAGCGACAAACAAUAAGGGUAAUAAACAUGGAAAUAGUCACGUGGCCGUCACUGGAACAUGAUGUUGGAACUCUUUAACCACUGUGAGAGUGGCCGUAUUUAUAACGAGAGGACUUCUUUAAAAACGCCUGAAGUCGUCUAGUAUACGUGUGCCUGAUCGGCGCUCUUAAUAAAUGUCUUAGACGUCCUCAGACGUUAAAGCCUUUUUUUUCUUGUCGGCCAAUCCUUCAAUGAUCGUUCAAUGCGUCUAGACGUCUUAGACGUCCCUUGUCACUGUGCAAAUUAUGGCCGAACUGACCUGAUAUUCGUAUCCGUUUCUUUUAGAGAAAGUGAUCGAGCGCGUAGAGAGGAAUACCAACGUGAACUUCAAGAGAUGCAGGAGCGUGUAAACAAACGACCGCUGCUCUUUGAACAACAAUCCCAGGCUACUGCGAGACGUGCUGCAGAGCGCAAGUAUGCGGAUAUUCUGCGAAGCGCAGGCGUGGACGAGGCGCUUGUUCAAAACCUGGUUACCAAGGAAGGCGGAAUUGUGGAUGCCGAGUCAGAGGAUGAGCUUCAAGAGACUGGAUCCCAGUUGAAUUACAGCGGGUCCAGGCGCUCUUCGGGUGCUGACUACAGAUUUGGUAGUCAGGCUUCUAAUGCUGAAAAGCUGGAGGACACUGAAAGCGAUGUCGAAGAGGAGAUUGAAGAAGAAGAUGAUGAGAUAUGA